UGGGUUUCGGCAGACAGUGCAGUACCGUUAGGGACGUGACUAUCCGCCGUGGUGUUAGUUCAGCUCGGCUAUACGGUUAUUAAUUAUUCACCUUUUUUUAAAAUAGAAAAUCUUUUAUAAGGAAUAUAAACGAUGACGGGCUCGAACGAGUUCAAGCUGAACCAGGGCCCUGACGACAGCAUCUCAGCAGUGAAGUUCAGCCCCAACUCCUCUCAGUUCCUCUUGGUCUCCUCCUGGGACUCCACUGUCCGUCUCUACGAUGUCGGUGGAAAUACGAUGAGGAUGAAGUACCAGCAUCUGGCCCCGGUCCUCGACUGCGCUUUCUAUGAUCCGACUCGGGCGUGGAGCGGCGGCCUCGACAACCAGCUGAAAAUGCACGAUUUGAAUACAGACCAAGACACGAUCGUCGGAACACACGAAGCUCCUAUUCGGUGUGUGGAGUAUUGCCCAGAGGUCAACGUCAUGGUAACGGGUAGCUGGGACAUGAGCGUGAGGCUGUGGGAUCCUCGGACGCCGUGCAACGCCGGCACUUUCACCCAGCCUGAGAAGGUGUACACGCUGUCUGUGGCCGGGGACCGCCUGAUCGUGGGUACGGCGGGACGCAGAGUGCUGGUGUGGGACCUGAGGAACAUGGGAUACGUCCAGCAGAGACGAGAGUCCAGCCUGAAGUAUCAGACGCGCUGCAUACGAGCAUUUCCAAACAAACAGGGCUACGUGCUGAGCUCGAUCGAGGGCCGAGUAGCCGUGGAGUACCUGGACCCAAGUUUGGAGGUGCAGAAGAAGAAAUACGCCUUUAAAUGCCACCGUCUGAAGGAGAACGGCAUCGAGCAGGUGUAUCCCGUCAACGCCAUCUCCUUCCACAGCAUCCACAACACCUUCGCAACAGGUGGCUCGGACGGGUUCGUGAACAUCUGGGACCCGUUCAAUAAGAAGCGUCUGUGUCAGUUCCACCGUUACCCGACCAGCAUCGCCUCUCUGUCCUUCAGUGGCGACGGCUCUCUGCUGGCCAUCGCCUCCUCGUACAUGCAGGAGCAGGGCGACAUCACGCACCCGCCCGACGCCAUCUACAUCCGCCAGGUCACUGACGCCGAGACCAAGCCCAAGUCGACCUGAGGCUGUGUUCAGGUGUGUGUUCAGGAUUGAACUCUCCUGAAGUGUUGCCCUGAUAAACAUCUGCUGGUAUCCAGUUGUUCAUAUGCCUUUUUUUUUCUUGUUUAUUUUCUUCAUCUUUCCUACACUUUCUGCUCUUCUUAUCUUUGUUGGCCAGUGACCAGAUGUCCAGUUUUUUAUGUGUUUAUUUCUCCACACCGUGUAAUAUUUCUUUCCUUACCUUUUAGUUUAUUCCUGGAUUUUUUGCAUCAACACAUAAAUCCAGCUCAGUAAAUAUCCCUGUUUAACUAAAUAAAAUUGACUUUGAUAAACGA